CCCAUCACCAGCCUAUCCCCUUCCUCCCCCACCCCGGGAAACGAAUUGAGGGAUUCAAUCACUUAAUUAUAUAGUGUGUGUAUGUACAUAUACUGUGUAAAAACAGACCAUCAUAAUUUUAAUAUAUUUAGGGUUCCAAUGAUAAUGGUUACAAAAUAAACAGCUUCCUUUUGGAAUGGGAUGAGGUAAACCAUUUUAUCUCUUAAAAGCACUUGUUUGUAAAUGUAUAUUAUUAAUAUUAUGAAUAUUUGCAGCAUUUUAUAAUAUUCUAACGUUUUACAUCUAUUAUUAAGGGCAAAGGUGAAGGCUUCAAAAGUUGUUAUAUGGGUACCAUGAAACAGCACAAGAUCCUCAAACUGAAUGCUUCUACAAAAUAUUCAUUCAGACUAGCUGCCAAAAAUAACUUUGACUUGAGUGAUUUCAGUGAAAUAGCAGUCUUCCAUACAUCAGGAACUUUGCCUCCAACACCUUCACCUCCUAAGCUAAAAGAAGCAGGAAUCUGUGAUUUGUCACUAGAAUGGUGUGCCCCAACUAACACAAACCUAAAUGACAGUCUUACUUAUGUACUAGAAAUGAAAGAAGCAGGAUCCAUCUUUGCCUACAAUCUGGAAGGAAGGAGUAACCCCAGUGGAGAAGUAAAAUAUACUACCUGUCCAGAUAAACCUGGAUCCCCUAAAACACCAUAUAUAAAGGGAAAAAUCUAUGCACACGGAGUAAAAAUUGGAUGGGAACCACCCAAAGAUAAUGGUGGGACAUACAUUUCAAGUUAUAGUUUAGAAGUUAGUGAAAAUUCAGAUGAGAAUUCCUGGAACAUAAUCUACAACGGAACCACAAAGGAAUUUCUAUAUGAUCACCUGCAACCUGGUACUACAUAUAAACUAGUCUUUUGUAUAUCACCUAUAGGCCAAAGCCAGCCUUCAGAUAUACUGACUAUUCAAACACCUACUCUUGCUCCUGCAUCUUGCCAUCCUCCACCCUUGAAUGGUGAAGCAAAGACCAGAGAAACCAACAUCAAAUGUGAUAAUCAUCCUAGUGGAAACUCUGAAGCACUUGCAGAUGUCAAAAAGGCAGAAGAUAACCAAGAUGACAAACAAGGGCACCCUAGUUCCAAAUUUGGCUUUCAUCCAUUGAAGUCUGAAACUGCACCAGUCCCUAUCCCUCCUUCUCAAUGUGGUAUACCUGUGCUAACCUGCAAGGGUCCAACCUGUGUUGUUGUUAGUUGGGAGACUCCUGUGUGUAAUGGUGGUGAAAUCACUGAAUAUAGACUUGAGUGGGGACAAGGUGAAGAAUCGAUGCACUCGAUUUACACUGGCCCUUGUCUGAGCUAUGAAGUUAAAGGUCUCAUUCCUGCAACUACAUAUUUUUGCAGAGUUCAGCACCUAAAUUACAGCAUGGAAUAGCAAUAUUUGUGAGAUCAAAUGGGAGUCUUUGGAGCCAAUAAAAGGAGAUCCCAUUGUUUAAAAUCUUCAACUCAUCAGUCAAAAAGGAACUGACCUGGUAAAUUCUUGCAAAUUCAGUCUUCAAAAUUUUAUAAUUUUAUAUUCUACUGGGAAUUGAGCUCUUGUUGAGGAGUAAGAUAUCCUUUUAGAAUAUUUAAAGUAAUGAAAUCUUAUUCAAAAGUCCUACUUCUCCCUAAAGCUUUAUGUACAUAUUAUUUGGGGACAAUUGGCUUAUUCAUUCAAUUAAAAUAUUACUAUUGAAUGAUUUGGUAUUUCUAGGUUUCACUGAUCACAUGCACACCUCAUUCCAAACCAAACACAAUUAAAGUUUAACAAUUUUAAGUCUUUGUUAUUUCUUACAGUGGACAAAAUUACCUGGACAGUA